AUGGCGACCCCCCAGUCGACUACCUCGCAGGACGACACGUCGGGCCCCAAGAAGCUGGAGCAAAUAACAUUUCGCUUCUGCUCUGAAUGCUCCAACAUGCUCUAUCCCAAGGAGGACGAGGAUGCUCACAAGCUUCAGUUCACCUGCCGAACUUGCCAGUACACCGAGGAGGCCGCAUCUACCUGCGUCUUCCGCAACGUGCUCAACAACUCGGCCGGCGAGACUGCUGGCGUGACCCAAGACGUGGGCUCUGAUCCAACGGUUAGUGAACUCCCGCCUGUUGUCUGCCUUCACUGCGGCACCGUCAUCUCCUGCGCCUACUGCUCCCAACCCGCCACCUGCACGUCCCUCGUCAAGCCAGAGGACAAGCCCGACGGUGACUUGGGCAUUGCGCACUUUGUUCUCGCACUCGCCGACCAUGAGGAUGCCGAUCCCUUUGCCGAAUAUGACGAGGAGCUCGACACUGCCGAUGGCGCCGCCGACGAAGGCUACGCUACCGCCGAUUCGAACAUGUUUGGGCCUGGCGACCAGCCUCGCGUCGCAGGCCACACCAGCAUCGUCGAAUGGCACGGGUUCUUUGGCCCCUCGAGCGAUGGAAAUACUGGCCACCCCUCGACCUCGGGCCACGCACUCGGCCAAUCUCUCGACGGCCACAUGCACGACGGCCGGGCUUUUUGGGGCAAUGGCGCCAUGGUCAUCCACCUUUGA